CGCCGCCCAUCGUCGUUCCCCUGUCCGCGCAGCGACCGUUGCUCUGCCCCUCCCCCCUCCCCGCCGCCCUUCCCUGGCCCCUCCUCUUGCCGCGCUCGCGCCCCUGACAGAGAGCCCGCUUCCGGCGCCUCUGUGCCUGAACCGCCUCGGCCAUGUCACGCAUCUUUGCCCAGGUGGCCGUCCAGGCCGUCACCAUCGCGCUCAAGGGCUUCGUCCAUGCCUACCGGAAUGCCACCAUGACCGGUGGUGCUGCCGCCGCCGCCGCCGCGUCGGCCGCUUCCUCCCGGCUGGAACGAAACCCCGAGGAGUCCUUCUUCGCCCCGGGCAGGAUGCCCAUCGCCCAGGCAUACCAGGUCCUUGGGAUCAAUGCGUCCAUCCCGAUCGAGGAGUUCCGUCAAAGAUACACGGAGCUCUACAUCGCCAACUCCCCGGCCCUCGGCGGGAGUCCCUUCAUGCACCGGAUGAUCCAGGAGGCCAAGGAUCGCGUGGAGCUGGAGUGGGAAUUCCGCAUGGACCCGCGCCACGACUUCUGCCCGAUCCCCGCGCCGGAGGUCUACGGCAGCGAUGACGAAGACAACGAGGAGGGCAUCAGCGACUUCGAGAGCGACGUCGAGGAGUACGACCCCAACUUCAAGGUGGCCCCGGAUCCGAAUGAUCCGGAGAGCGCCGCGGAGGCUGGCGCGGCCGGGGCCGGCGCCGGCGCCGCCGCUGCUGCUGGCACCGCUGCCGGCGCCGCCGCCGCCACCGCCGCCGGCACCGCUCGCGACGAGAAGAAGCCCGGCUCCGAGGACUCGAAGACGGCCGGCCCCGACGCCGAGGCCGAGGCCGAGGCCCAGAAGCGCUUCGACCAGAAGAAGAAGAAGAAGAAGAGCCGCAUCGGGUUUGACCUGCCCAACUUCAUGGAAAACCGGACCGGCUACGUGCAGCAGGGCAUGGACACCAUGCACAAGUCCUUCGACCGGAUGGUCCCCCACAAGGAGGCCCCCCUGGACCUGACCCUGCCAUGGGUGCACCUGACCCCGGAGUAUGAGGAGCUGCGGCAGCGGCGCGCCGAGGCCCGGGAGGACCUGGCGCCGAUGUCGCGCUUCCAGCCGGAGGGCGGCCUGGACAGUGUGGAGGAGCCCUCGGUCACGGCGGAGCUCCUGGUCAAUGAGCUGUCCUGCGACAAGCUGGCCACCGACAUGGGCAUCGACCUGGAGAACCCGGAGCAGUCGCCGGUGCUGGUGGCCCGGCUGCGCCAGAGCAUGGAUCUCUUUGUGCCGGAGGACCAGCUCGAUGACACGCCCAUCGAUGAGGCGCUGCUGGAUUCGCCGGAGUUCCUGCACGCCGCCGCCCAGGCCGACUUGACCCCCCUGCUGGAUCUCCUGUCGGAGGAGGAGCGCCAGGCCAUGGCCGGCAAGUCCCCGGUCGAGAUGCUGCGGGCCUUCCUGGCGGAUCCGGCCGUGCGGGCCGGCCUGCUCGGGACGAGCACCGACGACGCGACCGCCGCCGCCGUGGCCGCCGUGGCCGCUUCCGCCGCCGCCGCCGCCACCGCCGCCACCCCCUCCAAGGAUGCCCCGGCCACGGACGCCGGCAAGCCGGGCCCCGAGCCGGGCCCCGGGCAGGAUAUGCAAAAGUCCGGCGCUGGCCGCCGCCGGCGCAUGGGCUCCGCCUCCAGCACCCCCAAGCGCCAGGCCACGAAGCUGAUGGAGCCGAGCGAGGUGCUGGCCGAGACCGACCGGUACUUCGAGUCCCUCGACCGGCUCCGGGCCAAGACCCAGGUCGAGCGGUCCGAGGCCACCAAGCAGGCCUUCCGCGAGGCGGCCGCCUCGAAGCUGGACGGCUUCGAUGUGGUGUCGGCCACGGCGGCCGAGCGUGACGACGCGCCGGCCAGCCGGACCGGCCGCGGUGCCAGCUUCCGCCGGCAGGAGGUCCUGGCCCGGAAGCUGGUGGCCACCUUUGAGGAGCAUGGCCUGCGGCGGAUUUCCCUCAACGGAGCGUAUGUCCUGGCGCAGGCGUGCGAAAUGUACUACCGGCAGAAGCACGGCUCCCGCCGGGGCAUGCUCGGCGCCCGGGGCCAAAAGCACACCUCCAUGCCGCUGGCCUUCAUGCCGCCCGGCAUGGAAGCCCUGCCGGGGCUGGUGGCCAAUCUCCUGACCGACGAGCAUGUGACCAUGUUCGGGACCUCCUUCAACAUGGGCACCCUCGGGCAGGACGAUCGCAACAUCACGCAGGGGGUCUUCCGGCCGCGCGAGGUGGACUACCUGUCCAGGAGCACGGACAUCGCCAAUUGGCAGCCCUGCCGCUACCCGGGCGAGGACACCGAGUAUGCGGUCAUGACGUUGCACUAUGUGCGCGAGUAUUUGUCCCUGGUGAAGCCGUACCUGGACCUGGCGGCUCGGCCGCCGGCCAGCGAGGACCAGCUCCACCGGAUCCUGCACGAGCUGGAGCUCCUGCAGCUGCGCAUGAUCAACCGCUACCAGACCAGCCCGUCGAUGAUCGGGCCGCUGACCCCGGGCCAGGCCAAGUCCCUGGGGCGUUUGGUGGACCAGCUGCCGGAGCUGCUGGGCAUGCAUCCUCGUGGCCUGACCGUGCUCAAGUCGCUGAAUUUGGCUCCCCGGGCGCCGAUCGGCCUGUCCAUGCGCAUCCUCCGGGCCUACAUGCGCACGGUCAACCGCUACCAGCGGAUGUUCGCCAAUGCGGAGUUCAUGCCGCUCAUCUUCUCGCACAUCCCCCCGAAGGACCUGGAAUCGGCCAUGCGUGCCCUGGCCCGGACCCACCAUUGGGUGUACCCGGAGGACACGCCCCUGUCCGUCGGCCUGAUGCGGCACAUUGCCGAGCAGUGCGAUGAGCUGGUCGAGAAGGCCCCGCGCCCCUUCGAGUAUGGCCCGUCGGAGGAGAGCCUGGCGGAAAUGUUCCCGCCCGAUGUGGACCGCAUGAUGUUCGAGUUCAUCCGGCCGCUCGAGUGGCGUGGGGAGUUCACGCGUACCGACUCGCUGCGGCUCCACAGCCGGGCCCUGUGUCGGGUGGACUUCGAGCAGGUGGAGGCCCUGGUCGACCAGCUGGCCCUGCUGAGCUCGCACCUGGCCGUCGAGCCGCCGGCCGAUCAGUAUGUGGAGCGUGUCAUUUCCCGCUUCGAGGCCAUGGCGGCCGAUGCCCGCGGCGGGGACUUCGCCUGGAAGGUUCGCCUGGAUGAGGAGGGCCUCCCGGAGGACCCGGAGUGGGAGGCCCUGCUGGGUGACGAUGAGAUCCUCAAGGUGCCGAUCUUCGACGACCUGCCCAUCCUCACGGAGGAGGACCUCUUCGAGUCGGAGCCCUUCCAGUCCGGCGAGGAGCUCACCCCGGAGGAGAUCCGCGACAUGCCGGAGGCCUUCCGCCCGAAGCCCAAGCCCAAGAAGGCCGAGGACGGGGCCAUCUUCAUGUUCUAA